AUGUCCAGGCAGUCCACCAUCACCUUCCAGACAAGCAGCCACAGGGGCUUCAGCACGGCCUCAGCCACCACCCCUGCCCCCGGCUGCUCUCACUUCAGCUCCAUCUCUAUGGCCCGCUCCCUGGUGGGCAGCGGAGGGCUGGGAAGGAUCGGGGCCGGCUUUGAAAGCCGCAGCCUCUACAACCUGGGGGGGACCAAGCGGGUCUCCAUUGGCAACAGCUUCCGAAGUGGUUUUGGUGGCAGGGCAAGCGGCGGGUUCGGGGUCGGUGGUGGGUUUGGCUAUGGGGGUGGAAUUGGAGGGGGCUCUGGGGGCUCUGGCUUCUCUGUCUGCCUCACUGGAGGCAUCCAAGAGGUCACCGUCAACCAGAGUCUCCUGACUCCCCUCAACCUGCAAAUCGACCCCACCAUCCAGCAGGUGAGGACUGAGGAGCGGGAGCAGAUCAAGACCCUGAACAAGUUUGCCUCCUUCAUUGACAAGGUGCGGUUCCCGGAGCAGCAGAACAAGGUCCUGGAGACCAAGUGGAGCCUCCUGCAGGAGCAGGGCAUCAAGACUGUGAGGCAGAACCUGGAGCCUGCCUUCGACGCCUACAUCAACGACCUCCAGCGGCAGCUGGACAGCGUCACCACCGAGAGGGGCAGGCUGGAUGCUGAGCUGAGAAACAUGCAGGAUGUCUUGGAAGAUUUCAAAGUCAGGUAUGAGGACGAAAUUAACAAGUGCACAGCUGCUGAGAAUAAGUUUGUGGCUCUGAAGAAGGAUGUGGACGCCACCUAUAUGAACCAGGUGGACCCGGAGGCCAAGGUCAACUCUCUGACCGAAGAGAGCAACUUCCUCCAGAUGGUCUUUGAGGGGGAGCUGUCCCAAAAGCAGACCCAGGUUAGUGACAUGUCCGUGGUCCUGUCCAUGGACAACAAUCGCAGCCUGGACCUGGACAGCUUCAUCACUGAGGUCACAGCUCAGUACGAGGACAUCGCCAACCGCAGCCAGGCGGAAGCUGAGUCCUGGUACCAGACCAAGUACGAGGAGCUGCAGGUCACGGCAGGCCGGCACGGCGUUGAUCUCCACAACACCAAACAAGAGAUCUCCGAGAUGAACUGGACGAACCAGAGGCUGAGAGCCGAGAUCGACAACGUCAAGAAGCAGGGUGCUAGCCUGCAAACAGCCAUGGCCGAUGCAGAACAGCGUGGAGAACUGGCCCUCAAGGAUGCACAGGCCAAGCUGGUGGACCUGCAGGAGGCCCUGCAGAAGGCCAAGCAGGACACGGCACAGCUGCUGUGCGAGUACCAGGAGCUCAUGAACGUCAAGCUGGCCCUGGACGUGGAGAUCGCCACCUACAGGAAGCUGCUGGAGGGCGAGGCGUGCAGGCUGAGCGGAGAGGGUGUUUCUCUGGUUAAUAUCUCUGUGGUCACCUCCACCGUCUCCAGUGGCUACAGAGGUGGCAGCGGCAUUGGCGGUGGAAGCCUGGGCCUCGCUGGGAACAAUGGCUACCCCUUCACCGCCAGCAGUGGGCACAGCCUGGGGGCAGGCCUGGGGGGCUCCGGCCUCAGUGCCAGUAGCAGCCGGGGCCUCGGGGGCAAUGGCUCCAGCGUCAAGUUUGUCUCCACCACGUCCUCCAGCCGGAAGAUCUAUAAGCACUGA